UUUUUUCUCUCUCCAUAAUGAGCACACAGUGUCACUGCCGAGGGCCUCUUCACAGUGUCGGAAUCGGCACUGGGAACCCUUGUUUUUACAUAGUCAGCCAGCCGAGGGAACUCACGAGGGAGCGCACGCCCGGGCGCCUCUGUGCCGCACUACAACUCCCAGAAGGCAUGGCGGCCGAGAGCCCGCUUCCGGGCGUGCGUCUCCGCCCCUCGCGCCCGAUUGGCUGUUCCCGGGCGCCGUCGCUGUGCCCAGGCGCGGAGUGCGAGUGGCCUGAGCCUCGCGACCCAUUGCUGCAGGAUUCGCCCCGGGCGGGGACUGGCAGCCUUGUGGAAACGCACUGUCCCUUCGCCCUGCUUCUUGGCUCCACCAUGAGACGCCUGGGCUCCGUGCAGCGGAAAAUGCCGUGUGUGUUUGUGACGGAGGUGAAAGACGAGCCUUCCGCCAAAAGGGAGCAUCAGCCAUUUAAAGUUUUGGCAACUGAAACUAUAAGUCACAAGGCAUUAGAUGCAGACAUACACAGUGCAAUUCCAACAGAAAAAGUGGAUGGAACAUGUUGUUAUGUUACUACCUACAAAGAUCAGCCAUACCUUUGGGCUCGACUAGAUAGAAAACCUAACAAACAAGCAGACAAAAGAUUCAAAAAUUUUCUGCGUUCCAAAGAAAACACAAAAGAAUUUCUUUGGAACGUUGAGGAGGAUUUCAGACCUGUUCCUGAGUGCUGGAUACCAGCAAAGGAAAUAGAACAUCUGAAGGGGAAUCCAGUGCCUGAUGAAAAUGGACACAUUCCUGGUUGGGUACCAGUAGAGAAAAGCAACAAACAGUAUUGCUGGCAUUCCUCUGUAGUUAAUUACGAAUUUGAAAUUGCCCUGGUACUAAAGCAUCAUCCUGAUGAUCCUGGACUUUUGGAAAUUAGUGCAGUGCCAUUAUCAGAUCUCUUAGAACAAACAUUGGAACUCAUAGGAACAAAUAUUAAUGGAAACCCAUAUGGUUUAGGAAACAAGAAACAUCCAAUACAUCUUCUCAUUCCACAUGGAGCAUUUCAAAUAAGAAAUCUGCCUAAAUUGAAGCAUAAUGACCUAUUGUCCUGGUUUGAAGGCUGUAGAGAAGGUAAAAUUGAAGGAAUCGUAUGGCAUUGCAGUGAUGGCUGCUUGAUCAAGGUCCAUCGCCAUCAUCUUGGUUUAUCCUGGCCAAUUCCAGAUACUUACAUGAAUUCAAAACCUGUUAUUAUUAACAUGAACCUGAACAAAUAUGACCAUGCCUUUGAUACCAAGUGUUUGUUUAAUCAUUUUUCAAAAAUAGAUAAUCAGAAAUUCGGUAGGCUCAAAGACAUACUACUUGAUGUAUAAAAUGGAAAUCCAAUUUAAAUUAGUUUUAUUGUUAUAUUCAAAUCUUGAAUAUUCUGCCAUGCUAAAAAGGUAAAAAUAUUUUAAGACUCCUAUUGUAUAUCAUGAAAUAUAUGAUUAUAUCUUCUAGCAUUUGAAAAACUGCACUUUCCAGUUACAGUCUGUUCAAGAACUUUUUAGAAUCAAUACAUUAGUUUUAGCCUCUAGAUAUAAAAAGGUAAUGAAUGAUAAGUUUCCAAGUUUUUACAAAAACUGUAUUUUGUCCAUGCUAAAUUGGUGAUAAUUUAAAGACAACUGAAUCAACAAUUUUAUAUACUUUAUUUUCAGAGUUAUAUACUUUAAGCUCAAUUUAUGUUUACUAGACAUUUAACAAGUGUAUGGCUUAGUCUCAUAACUUAGUAUGUACCCUUUGUGAAUAUAUGUAAAAUAUGUAUUUAUAGAUUUAGGAUUUGAGUCUUAAUAUACAUAAAAGUUACAUAUAAAAUUCUAAUUUUAAAUAUUGAAGCUACUUACCUCUGUAAUAUUUUAAGAAAACUGGAGAGAUUAUGAAUGUAGAAAAAUUCACCCUUACUCAUUGUCUAUUUUAUGAUAAUAACUUAUUCUAAAAGUCUUCAAAAACAUAUUUUUCUACUAAUUGAAAAAUUCUAUAGUUUUAUUUACUAAAACUCCAAGUAAAAAUAGAAGUAUCAAGAAAGAAAUUCUUUAGUUCAGACUUGAUUGAUUUCCAGAUGAAAUUUUAACAUACAAAAUAAAUAAGGAGCUAAAUAAGAUUACAAUUACAUGUA